AAGGUGGAGUUUUAGCAUUUCUCCUCGGGUGUCGCUCCUCUCCUCCAUCCUGCCCUGCUUUCAUGCUUCUGCUUUUUUUUUUUCUUUCUUUCUUUUCCCCCUCAGCCGACAGGGAAGAGUUGGAGCCAGACUUCAACCGAACAAGACUCUGAUCCACCCACACAGAGGAAGCUGAACACCGAACAACAGAGCAGUCUGUGGAGAAACAGACGGUGACAGAGACAUGCGAAGAUCUUUGGCUGUUGCAGUGCUGGACUAGAAACCUGGAAAGAUGGCGUGCACGCAGGCUCGCGCAUUCCUCGCCUUUGCUUUGCUUGGAAUUUUCUUUCUCCACGUCUCGGUGGAAGAACAGCAACAGGAGGAGGAGGAGGAGGAGAAGAUGUCCUGUCAGGGAGCGUUUGACCUCUACUUUGUUCUGGACAAAUCUGGGAGCGUCAAGCAUCACUGGAGUGAGAUUUACAACUUUGUUAAGCAGGUGGCACAAAAAUUUAUCAGCCCCAUGCUGAGAAUGUCUUUUAUUGUCUUCUCCACACAAGGGAAAAUCAUCAUGAAGUUGACUGAGAACAGGGAGGCAAUAACUGAAGGCUUAAGGGCUCUAAACAAUGUUCAGCCUGGAGGAGACACAUAUAUGAACUUAGGCCUGGAGAUGGCUAAUGCACAAAUAUAUCAAGAAAACCGAGGGACAGCCAGUGUUAUCAUCGCUCUGACUGAUGGAGAACUAAACGAGUGGCAGUUUGACACGGCCCAGCGGGAGGCACAAAAGGCCAGGACUUUGGGAGCUACUGUGUAUUGUGUUGGGGUUAAAGAUUUCAACCAGACUCAACUUGCAACUAUUGCAGACACCAUAGAACAUGUGUUUCCUGUAGUCGGAGGCUUCCAAGCCCUCAGGGGAAUCAUUGACUCGAUCAUCAAGAAGUCUUGCAUUGAGAUUUUGGCGGCAGAGCCAUCCAGUGUGUGUGCAGGAGAGAGUUUCCAGGUGGUCGUUAGAGGCAACGGUUUUCUCCACGCAAGAAACAUCAACCAGGUCCUCUGCAGCUUCAAACUGAAUGACACACACACUGUGGAUGAAAGGCCAGCUCAAAUAGAAGAUACCUUUCUGCUUUGUCCGGCUCCUGUUGUAGAAGAAGUGGGAAAGGUGAUCUACCUGCAGGUGAGCAUGAACGAGGGCCUCUCCUACAUCACCAGCUCCGUUCACAUCACUACGACAGAGUGUUUCGACGGCACCAUAGUGCUAAUUUCAUUGCUGGUUGUUUUCCUGCUCUUGGCUCUGCUGCUGAUGUGGUGGUUCUGGCCUCUGUGCUGCACCGUGGUGAUCAAAGAACCUCCCCCACCUCCACCUCCAGAGCCUGAUUCAGAUGAGGAUGAUGGGAUGCCCAAGAAGAGGUGGCCCACUGUGGAUGCUUCAUAUUAUGGAGGAAGAGGAGUGGGUGGCAUCAAACGCAUGGAGGUGAGAUGGGGGGAGAAAGGCUCGACUGAGGAAGGUGCUAAACUGGACAAACCUAAAAAUGCGGUUGUGAAGAUGCCAGAGCAGGAAUUUGAACCUUUCGAGCCCAAGCCUCGAAAACUUCCCCGCCGUUCUCCGCAGCAGAAGAAGUGGUACUCGCCCAUUCAGGGGAAACUCGAUGCUCUGUGGGCUCUGUUCAGACGAGGUUAUGACCAGGUGUCUCUAAUGAGACCGCAGCCUGGAGAUCAGGGUCGCUGUAUUCGUUUUCAGCGGGUCAGAGAUGAUGAGGCCCCCUCUUAUCAGGCAACCCCCCCCAGGCUUCACUCGUCCUCAGCUCCUUCAUCAGAUGAGCAGGAACCUGAAGUCUCCAACUCCGUCCCCCGUACGAAGCCUCCGUCAAGAGGGCCGCGCACCGCGCCUUCACCUGUUAUCACACCCCUCUCACGCGCACCACCUCCCAUGGCCCGACCCCUGCCGGGUCCACCCCCAGCUCGUGCGCCGCCAGGGCCACCAGGCCCGCCCCCGUCUCGACCCCCACCGAGGCUGUAAGAAACUAGAUUAAAAAACAAAACGGAGAUGCUUCUUCUUAAAGUGUCCUCCUUUCAUCCCCAAACACCAAAGAUUAAAACUUCCAGGUCAGAGGUGUUGAGCUCUGUCUUGUUGCUGGACAGCAAAAUAAAUCCAGUGUCAAAAUCAGCUACUGAGUUUCAAGGACAAAACGUAUACAAAGAACAAGUUUUAUGAACAAAAACAAACUAAUGUAUUUAAUUAGGCCUUGUAUGUACGGUUAAGGCCAUGUCGAGGGAGAUGGUGAGUGUAAGUGCAAUCCUUCAUGGACUUUAUUGUGGGUUAGUUUGUUGACAUCUGAACAGCUGAAAUUAAAAAGUAAAACAGACUUUGUGGAUCUGCAUGCAAUAAUAGAGAGAGGGGGAAG